UUCGCUUGCAUCGCACUCGCUUUGACAGUGUUAAAUGAAGGCGCUCAUCAUGGCAGUUUUGGCGCACCUGUACCCAGCUGUGUUUUUGGCUUGCGCGUGGAUGUCACUGUUCGGACCGAUUUCAUGUCACACCGGCGUUAUAAACCAGAGAAACGUACGGGACCGAGAGCUUGACAGCCGCGGUGGGCAUGUCGCUGGCAGAGAUGAAGCGCUUAUCUCAGCGCACAGCCGCGGCGCUUACAACGGGGACCCCGGCGGACCCCGAGUCCGGAGGGCAUCGACUCCGGAGAAAGUCUCUCUACUCAGCAGCUCUUUCGUCCUUAAAGGGGAUGCCACCCACAACCAGGCAAUGGUCCACUGGACGGGGGAAAAUAGCAGCGUCAUCCUCAUUCUCACUAAAUAUUACCAUGCAGACUCCAACAAAGUUCUUGAGAGUUCCCUUUGGAGCAAUACAGGCCAACAGCUUCUGUCAGUCUUUUCCAUACUGCUAACUCCCUGCUGCCAGCUGAAGAAAGUCAUCCUCAUUCUCACUAAAUAUUACCAUGCAGACUCCAACAAAGUUCUUGAGAGUUCCCUUUGGAGAUCCAGUGAUUAUGGGUCAACCUACACAAAGCUCAACUUGAUGCCUGGGACAACCAUCAUAGUCACAAACUUCUACAUCUGUCCCACCAAUAAGAAAAAGGUGAUCUUGGUGAGCUCCAGCAUCAGUGAACGUGACCAGAUGCUCUUCAUCAGCACAGAUGAGGGUUCAUCCUUCCAACGGCAGCCUGUCUCCUUCACCGUGGAUACACUCCUCUUCCAUCCAUCUGAGGAAGACAAACUUUUGGCUUACAGCAAGGAGGCGAAGCUGUAUAUCUCCACCGAUCUGGGUCACAAAUGGACUCUGCUACAGGAGCGUGUUACUAAAGACAGAGUUUUCUGGUGA